UUACAUCUGAGACUGACCCUGGCAUCUGUCAGGCUUUGGGGGUAGCUUCUCCAGUUACCAUGGUUACGUUCUGGCCUAAUUUGAUAGAUGGUUCUUGAAAUAUAGGCCAGAGAUGAUCACAGGUCGUCCGGCUAGAGAUGGAAGUUUCUCAAAUAAGCCUAGAGGUUCAAGAGAAGAGCUCGGGGAAUGGCGUGACGGUAGAAGCCCUCCUGUGCCGCUUGUGCGGUGCUCAAGACUCCACCAGGAUGCUACACCUGUCGGAUACUUACUGCAUUGGAAUGUCUGCCACUUCGAGUAUAUUCCACUUACUCGACAGUAUUUCAGCUCUACUGAAAGUACAGGAGGAGUGUGAAGAGUCAAUGCCUAAGCAUGUAUGCGUUGCGUGUUUCAAUACCGCUGUUGAUAUUCAAGCGUUUGUUGAAUCAGCUGUUAAUUUUCAGAAAAGUACAAUUUAUCAGUUGUAUCCAAAUGCAAAACUGGAAGAAGUGCAUGACUUAACUUUUACAGCACCCAGUCAGCAUUAUUUCCAAGAUACUAACAGCUUGUUUCACUGUGAUGAUGUGGAACAGUACAAUCAGCAGUCUUUAGACAAUGUAUCUUCAAAAUUUCCGUCAUUUGGUGAAGGGUGCUGUUCAAUUAACAAAGUCAAUAGCCAGGGGUACGAUACUGAAAGGUCUAUACAAGUUAAGGAUACUGGAUACAAUAUUAUAACAGAAUUAAUUGAUCCAGGCAUUGAUCCCAGUAAAAGUUCUGCUGAAGCCGUUAUUGAAAUAUCACCUUCGGUAGAACAAGUAUGCCAAGUUUCCAAAAGCACCACCGAUGAGGACAAACCUUGUGAAAAUGUGAAUGGAAGUAAAUGUGUGGAAACAUUACAGGGACAUGAAAAAAAUACUAAUUCUAAAGGCACAGACAAGAAUAGUGAUACCAAAAUCUCAGAACAAACAGAUGAAGCAGAUGAAUUGGAAUUAUCUAAGAAUGGCUGCAAAAAAUGUCCAACCUGUGGUAAAACCUUUUCCCGACAAAGUCAACUUAAAAGUCACUUGAUGAGUCACAGUGAGGCCAGGCCAUUUAUGUGCACUAAAUGUAACAUGAAGUUUAAAUACAGAAGAAACCUUGUUGAACAUUCCAGCAUCCAUGACGACCCCCCAUCUUUUAUAUGCUCUGUAUGUGGUCUUACUUUUAAACAGCGAAGCAAUUUGCUGAAACAUGAACGAACCCAUCAAAAAGUUAACAGGAUAAGUCUCCAGUGUAAUGUUUGCCAUAAGCGGUACUCACAGUCUGCUCACCUGAAGACCCAUAUGAAGAAUAUGCAUGGAGACAACCAAGGUUAUGUAUGUGACCAGUGCAAUGCAGUCUUACAAAGUCGGUCUUCUUUACGGCGCCAUGUAGCAACAGUCCAUGCAAGUUCAUCAAAGUUUCUAUGCCCACAUUGUAACAAGGGUUUUAAUAAUAGUCAAAAUUACCAAGGUCACAUUAGAAGUCACACUGGUGAAAGACCAUACUGCUGUUCAACUUGCCACAAAACUUUCACCACAUCCAAAGCUCUGAGUAGACAUCGAUUAAUCCAUCAGGGAACAAAGUCACAUAGGUGCUCACAGUGUGGAAAGGCUUUUCUCGAACUGUGCGAUUUAAAAAGACAUGUGAAAAGGCAUCUGCUGAAACGAAUUAAGAACGCAAGUAAGGACUUGGCCAGCAAAUGUCAAGAUGGUGCUAAUAUGCCAGUGCAAUCAGUGGCUGCUGGUAUGAACUCUCUCAGUUUAAUGGUCCUUCCCGAGUCACUCCUAUUCACUGAAUCUCAACAACUUCUGGAUAACUCUGGAUCAUCUGCUACCGAGAUUAUCCUCCCUCAUGACAAACUGAACUCAGUCAAAACUGUGUCAGCAGAACCAGUCUUAGAAACUAGCUUGUUAGAAAAUACACAGUACAACAUUCAGCCAGAUUCAGGUCCUUUGUCAAAGGAAUCUCACAUCUUGAGAACUGAGGAGGAAGUACUUGGAGCCUCAGAACUUCUUCCAUCUCCACAAGUGCCAACAGCUCAGGAAGUGGAAACUGUUCCUAUCCUCAACAAUACUGCAGUACUUCAGCCUCCUGAAGUUAUUAGUGACAUAGCAGCCACCUCACUUCAUUCUUCUUCGGUUUUACAGUCAGAAAACAUAACUGUAAAUGAAACCAUUACUCAUGCAAAUUCCAACCGCGAAGCCUGUGCACCAUCGGAAUGUCGCAGUGAUUCCGAGCCUGCAACAAUGGUUGUACUAUCAUCUGUUGGUACUACAUCUGAUUACUUGCCUGUAGCCAAUCCUGAUAGUACUGUCAUAGAAGACACAAGGUGUCAGCAAAGUGAAAGAGUACUUAGUCAUGCUACAUGGUAAUGUUUAGUAUUUUGUUUUAGUCUUCCUUACAGCUAGAUUGCUCUGGAUACAUUUUCGGGCUUUGCAUGGCUAUUUAUAAGGAAAUGUCUAUGUAACCUGUAAACUUCUUAUUUUACUGUAUGCCUAAACACCUUAUAGGUGCAAAAUUACUAGUGUUGUCUUCAUACUACUACAUUGGAAGAAAUUUUUUUCGAUAACAUAUCAAGUCCUUGAUAGGCUGUGCAUCUUUAGUCUCUUUGAAUUAAUUUAUUUUCAAAGAAUUUGGUCAAACUUUACCUAUGCUAAUACCUCCUUGUCUCUUUUCAGUGUUAUUGCACUGCCCUUGAACUUGUUAUUGAAGUAGAAGUUAGGAGACAAUGUUGUCACCUAACUCUUUGUUCGACCAUUCCUACUCUUUGCCAGCUUCGUUGGUGCUAUACUCUUUGCUAUUUAAUAGCCUGCUGGGUAUUCCAGUAUUUUGUUGACUUCAAAAGGAAAAGUUCUCCUUUAAUAAAAUGAAAUCUAAUACUAUAUAGCUUGGUUUCCAAAAGGAGAGACAAAUUUCCUUGGCUCUCAUGUCUCAACUGAAAUAUCUUCAUGAAUAUAAUUUCAUCAUUCACUUAUUUAAAUUAUUCAUACUUUGUUCUUGUUCUCAUGUGGGAAAAAUUCCAAGCAUUCAAAUUUGUGUACCCUUUGAGUAAAGCUGAGGUAAAUCUACCUGACACUUCUUGGUUAGCUAUAGCAAUUUCUUUAUUAGUGUUUAAAUGAACCUUUUGAGUAGGUGCCCUCCUAUAAACAAUGACUUGACAUGUGACAUAAUCAAGAUACAAAUUUAAAUUUUUUAAGUGCUCAUUUAGUUCGUUUAGUUUUAUAUUGCCCUCUUAAAUACUAACAUUCCCUGUGAUAUCAAGCAAAUAAUAUGACAAACAGUUGCUCACUUAGCCUUAAUCACUUACAACAAUAGGUCCAUACCCUUACAUGUUAUGGAAUGUGUGAUUUUUGAUAAAUUCCUGUGAAAUAAGGCAGUUUACACAAAAAUUUAGGAGCUUAUCAAUAGAUGUGGUCCACAUUUUGGUAAGCACUACAGUAUUCAACACAUUUUAUUUCCAUGUGCCUGUGAAAUUAAUUUGGUAAUGCUGUUAAUACAUAAUGUCAUGUCAGAUAAUCUUUUGUAAAAGUUUUUGUUGCUGGUAUGAAGCUAGAUUUCUAAGCUAUCUUGUCAGUCUUGGAACAAUGUAAUACUUAAAAUCAGGACAAAGAUAAGGUUUAUGUCACAUUUGUUUUUAGUUCUGUUUGUGGGUCUUCAAUACUGUCACUAAAUACAGGGACCAAAUGGAAAUUAUCUUGACCAUUAAUACCAAACUGUAUAAUGUUAAAAUAUAAAACUAACAUUAUUUAUUUGUAAGAGUAGGCACUGUCAUUUUUUAUCCAAACUGAUUUCAAUAAUCUGCCAGUUGAUUAUAGGGAGUUUUGCUCAUGAAACAAUACAGUACAAAUGGUAAAUGAGGGUGCAUUUUAGAAACUACUGACAAAGACUUUCCAUGCUUGAAACUACUGUUAUACCUGAAUAUUGUUUAAGAAUUCUUUAUUGUUUGUUAUUUAAUAUUAGCUCUUUAGUUUGGAAAUCACAGAGCCCAGUUUUUAUUGGGCUUUUGAAAGAUUGUUCUGCUAAUUAUGUUUUUCCUUAUUUAAAGAUUUUUCUAUAAUUACUGCUAAUCAUGUUUUCCCUUAUUUCAAGAUUGUUCUUAAGCUAAUGUUUGUUUCAACUUAUUUUACAGGUAACCAAUGUUUAACAGUUGUCUAGUCACAUAUUACAUAUCUAGUCUAUAAACUGUGAUUGAUGUGAAUGUGAAAGAGGAGUUCAUUAUCAAAUAUAAUGUACAGAAAUUU